AUGGAUAAUUAUAAGGGACAGUUUAGAUGGGAAAAUGUUAAAACAUACUUUACGGACCCAACCCUGUUAACCCUGGAAGUGUUGUUCAUUGUCUUGACACUAAGUAAUGUUUAUGUGGUACACACUUUGUUUGUAACAGUGCUCCCGGCUCCUUUAUUUGUGACAUGGUGGCAACUGGCCCAAGGAUUAUGGACCGCCUGGGUCCUUGGUGACUUUGGAACCUCAUACCCCAAACUGGCAUAUUUCCCACCGGUUACAAUAGAUUCGAAACUUCUGAAGGAACUGUUCAUUCCUACAGUCUCUUACGUUGCGAUGCUAUCAUCAGCGAAUGUCCUCCUUUCAAAGGCUCCCAGCACUGCAGCAUUCCCCAUUCUCGCUUCAGGAGCAGUUGCAGCUCACCACGCCGCUCGCUUCGUUGCUUGCGGAGAGGAGUACAUGCCACUGAGGUGGAAGGCAGUUGGAUUUCUACUAAUGGCGUUUGUUCUGGGAGCUACAGAUUCUAAGGUUGCACCAGGAAACGUUGUUACUGUAGCCUGCCUUUACGCACUUUUGGCUGCAGUUUUUAGGGCCGGGUGUAUGGAAAGAGCUCUGCACGUCGUAAACGGUAAGGGAAACGCUUUACACAACCAUCAACACCUAAUUGGGACUCUUUUGCUUCCUUUAGCUAUAGUUUUUAGUGGAGAGUUGACUGUUUUGAUUCGGGAUUUGCCAUUUGACCCAUUCUCUACCAGGACAUGGCAGGUUUGGGGAUGUUUCGUCACCGUGGGGGCUCUCCCUUUCUUGAAAAAUGUAGUUUCAAACAGAUUAAUAAGACAAACCGGCCAGGCUCCAUGGAGGUGCCUUGAACUUCUAUCAGUUGCACUCCUGUUUGUUAUUGGUUCAGCUCAACUCUCACCUUCAUGGCGCUCUGUGCUUUCCACAGGAUUUGUGCUCGCUGGAAGAUUUCUUGGAGCUAUGGACGUGGUAAAGAACUUGAAUCCGGAUUCAGAACCCACUGAAAUGUACAACCAGGCCUCAAAACCAUUCCUAGUGGAGGAACACUCAAGCACACAUGAACUUGCAUAA